AUGGUAAGCACCGUGAAUGAGUCUGGUCCACUGGAAAAACUAGUCAAACGUUUCUGGGAGUUGGAACAAGUUCCAAAUGUGUCCGAGGACAAACGGUUUCUGGGUCGCCGCGGCCCUGUAGUCAAACUUUAUUGCGACAAUGCUACAAAUUUUGUGGGUGCUGCACGAAUCCUCAAGGAGCACAUGGAACCCUUCGGCACCAACGACCAGAGCAUCAUGUCGUAUGCUGCAGCACACCGAUUCACCAUCGAAUUCAUCCGGCCCAGAGCGCCACACAUUGGCGGUCUUUGGGAGGCGGCCGUAAAGUCGGCCAAGCACCUUUUGUUGAAGGCUAUGGACAAGGCAAUUCUCAAGGAGGACGAGCUGCAUACGGUCAUCGUGGAGGUGGAAGCCGUUCUAAAUUCGAGGCCGCUCAUCGUGGACAGUGGCAGUCCCAACGAGGGAGAGGUCGUCACACCAGCGCAUCUACUCGUAGGCACAACGCUAGCAACGCUGCCACCCGCAUCCGCGCAGCAAAAGGCAGACUGCAACCUCACGUACUUGCAGAGAUGGCAGCUAGUCUCAGCGAUCAAAUAG